GGGAAUUAAAUUUAAAUUAAAAAUAGCGGUAGAAUUAAAAAUCCAUUUUAAAAAAAUAAAUUAGAGGCGGAAGACUCCUCCACUAUUAUCAAACACAAUAGAGGCGGAAUUGUCCAUCUCUAAGUAUACAACAACAAAAAAUUAUGAAAAAAAGUAAUAUUUCCCAUGGAAAAUAAAGAUAAAGGAAAAUAAUGUGUGGUCCAUUCACUCGAUCCUCGACGUUCCUAUCUUCAUCGCCAUCCACAUACCUCGUGCCCGCAGUGGUCUUCCGAUCUGCAUCAUCGCCAACCUACACCGACCGAGUCCAGCCACCAUCGCCAACCUACACCGACCGAGUCCAGCCACCAUCGCCAACCUACGCCAAGUCCAGAUCGCCGAGUGGUCUCCGUCCCCGAGCCCAGCCCCCAUCGCCAACCUACGCUGCCUUCGCCAGCCCAGUCUCCUCCGCCUCCAAUUUCAAGUAUGAAUACACACUUGAAGACAGUAAAGCUGACGCCAAAGGGAAAGAACUCUGUGACUAUGGAUCACCCGAGUGUGAGGGGAAACAACAUACUUCCCGACAGCAUAAAUCUUGAGACUUUGCUGGUUAAAGACACUCCUAAAGUGAAGCCUAAAAAACCAACUGCAGAGCCAGGCAUAUAAAGAAAUAAGCUCUCAUCUCGGCACCUUUAAUCAGCCAAGCAAACAUUUUUAAUCUGGAGCUUUCUUCUUCAAGAGAAAAGAAUAGGAAUCAAGUUGUUUUCAAGGC